AUCAACCAUUAGAUCAACUGUUAUAUCAACUGUUAUAUCAUAUAACACCUAUCACAUCAGCUGUUAGAUCAGCGGUUAGAACAACCGUUAGAUCAACCGUUAGAUCAACCAUUAGAUCUUAA